AUGAAAUCCCCGGCUGCCCUGCCCGUCCUGCUGCUCCUCAUCCUGUACCUCACAGCUGGGGCGUCUGCAGCACUAAGUUAUGUGGUCACGUCCCCAGCUGUGAUCUACCACCCCCACACAGCGAUGCUGUGGGUCCAUCUCAGUGGCCUCCAUGAGCCUGUCCAGGUGACCAUCCAGCUGCAGAGUGCAGACAGGACCCGUAACAUCACCUUGGUGGACAGGAAGGUCCAGGAGCCUCAUCUGUACCUGAACAUCACCUUCCACGCUCCAGCCCCUGCCAAAGGGAAGGAGGAAAUCGUAGACCUGCACAUCUCAAUCCAGGGAGAUUUCCUGGAUGUCUCCAAGAAGAAGAAGGUGAUGCUGAGAGCCCUGGAGCCUGGGAUCUUCAUACAGACAGACAAGGCUGUCUACAAGCCUGGACAGCACGUGAAGUUUCGAAUUGUCUCAUUGGAUAAAGACUUCACUCCCAGCAAUAAGAAGCUGCCCCUGGUGUUCCUGAAGGAUCCCAGCGGGAACCGCAUCGCGCAGUGGCGGGAGGUGAGCCCGCGGCAGGGCAUCGUGGACCUCUCCCUCCCGCUGGCUGCAGAGCCGGCCCUGGGCACGUACAUCAUCGAGGUGGAGGGGAAGAGCCACUCCUUCAGCGUGGAGGAAUAUGUGCUGCCUAAGUUUGAGAUGACCAUUGAUCUCCCUGCCGUGGUGCUGGAGAAGGACAAGAAGUUCCAGAUGGAGAUUUGUGGACGGUACACCUAUGGGAAGCCCGUCCAGGGGAAGGUCCAGGCCAGCUUGUGCCAGCCCUUCAGGCACAUCGGGAUCCUGUAUAGACCUCACGAUGCCCCCCAGAAAGAGGCGAAUUGCAUCGAGGUUAGCGGGCAGACUGAGAAGAAUGGCUGCUUUUCAACAGAGGUUUUGUUGACUGCCUUCAACCUGACCAGCUCCAUGUAUCAGAAGCAAUUCCAAGUCCAGGCAUCGCUGGUGGAGGAUGGCACAGGGUUGGAGCUGAAAAACACCAAGAGCUGCAAGAUUUUACCUGAAAUCCUCACCGUCACCUUCGAAAACACCGAUGAUUUCUACAAGCCCGGCAUCCCCUACACUGGGACGAUGCUGCUGAAGGGAGCUGACGGCGCUGUGCUGCCGCAGAAGCAGCUCUUGCUCGUUGUUAGCCAGCAAGGAAAAGAUACAAGACAGACCUUCCUGACAGACAGAUCAGGGAGAGCCUCCUUCGAGCUGGAGACCUCUGGUUGGAGUGGCACGGUCUCCCUGCGUGGUCAAGUCAAUGAGACAGUGCACACCGAGAACGAUGGCUCAACACACAUCUACCAAAAUGCCUAUGCGUACCUCAGCCCCUUCUUUUCGGCGAGCAGGAGCUUCCUGCGGAUCCGCCGGCUGGAGAGCGAGCUGCCCUGCGGCCAGUCCCAGCAGCUCUGGGUGGACUACAUCUUCAGCAAGGAGGCCUUGGGGACUGAGCUGGGGAGCCUGGAUGUGGUCUUCCUGGUCCUGGCCAAGGGGACCAUUGCCACCGUCCUCAGGAAAGAGCUGCCUGCAGAGGCUGGCCUGAGAGGCUUCUUCUCCCUGGAGCUGCCCAUCGGCCCCGAGCUGGCACCCACAGCCAAGGUGCUGGGCUACGUGGUGCUGCCCGACAGUGAGAUGGUGGCUGACAGCACCGAGCUCAAGGUGGCCAAGUGCUUCCCCAACAAGGUGAAGAUGGCUUUUUCGGAGGACAGGGCUCUGCCCGGCUCGGCGCUGCGGCUGGAGCUGGAGGCUGCCCCAGGGUCCCUGUGCGCCGUCCGUGCCGUGGACCGCAGCGUGCUGCUCUUGAAGCCCGAGGCUGAGCUCAACACAGAGGCGGUCUACAAAGUACUCCCCGAAUUUGACUACCCUGGAAGCAUUCAAGACCCACCACCCUGUUCAGCAUUUUCCUGGGACAAUUCCCAGAUGGACACCUACAAGCUAUUUCAGAACGCAGCACUGAAACUUUUCACCAAUGCCAAGACCGGAGAUGUUUGCAAAGAGAGGCUCGGCUUGCCUGGGAUUGCGGGUCCCCAAGGUCCCAGAGGUGGCUUUGAUUCCUAUGAUGUCACCUAUUUGCGGGAAAAAACUGUUUUCCCAGAGGUAAUGAACCGUGGCGUCCCAGAAGUAAUGGACCGUGAUAGCCUAGCCGUCGCUGUCCAGGAAGAGCCACCGGCGCCCCGGACGUAUUUCCCAGAGACGUGGCUGUGGGACCUGGUCCCCGUGGGGGAGGGGGGCUCUGCAGAGAUGACGGUGACAGUGCCCGAUGCCAUCACCAACUGGGAAGCUGGGAUGUUCUGCACGGCCCCGUUGGGCUUGGGGCUGGCUCCUGCCACCACCCUCACGGCCUUCAAGCCUUUCUUCGUGGAGCUGGCGCUGCCCUACGCCGUGGUCCGCCACGAAGCCUUCACCCUCGUGGCCACCGUCUUCAACUACCUGCGGCAGUGCCUGCGGGUUCAGGUGACGCUGGCAGAGUCGUCGGAGCUGGAGGUGUCGGUGGGCACGGGCGAGGUGUACACUGGUUGUAUCUGUGCAGACGAAGCGAGGACCUUCCGGUGGGGCGUGCGAGCCACCAGCCUGGGGGAGGUGAAUAUCACUGUCAGCACUGAGGCCCUCAGCUCCAAGGAGCUCUGCGGCAAUGAGAUGCCCGUGGUGCCGGCCCAGGGGCGCGUGGACACCUUGAUAAAGCCCUUGCUGGUGCAGCCCGGGGGGAUCCUGGUGGAGAAGGCACACAGCUCCCUGCUCUGCCAGGAAGUCGCUGAAGAAAUAUCCCUGGAGGUUCCUGCAAACAUCUUGGAGGGCUCCCAGCGAGCCCACGUCACCGUGAUGGGCGACAUCAUGGGCAACGCUCUGCAGAACCUGGACCGCCUCCUGGCCAUGCCCUACGGCUGCGGGGAGCAGAACAUGGUUCACUUUGCCCCCAACAUCUACAUCCAGCAGUACCUGGAGAAGAGUGGGCAGCUGCACCCCGACAUCCGUGCCAAGGCGCAGGGCUUCCUGCAGAGCGGGUACCAGCGAGAGCUGCUCUACAAACAUGAUGAUGGCUCUUACAGCGCCUUCGGGAAGAGCGAUGACAGUGGCAAUACCUGGCUGACGGCGUUUGUCCUCAAGUCCUUUGGGCAAGCCAGAGCCUACGUGGCCAUUGAGGAGCGGCACAUCACGGAUGCACUGCGCUGGCUGCAGGAGAAGCAGCGGGAGACGGGCUGCUUCCGCAAUGUGGGAAAGCUCUUCAACAAUGCCCUGAAGGGUGGCGUCUCGGACGAGCUCUCGCUGUCAGCUUAUGUCACGGCUGCGAUGCUGGAGCUGGGGCUGUCCCCAACGGACCCAAAGGUGAGCUCAGCCCUGCAGUGCCUGGAGGCUUCGGCCACGGACGACCCCUACACGCAGGCGCUGCUCGCCUACGUCUUCGGGCUGGCGGGGCGAGGGAAGCAGCAGGAAGCCCAGCUGCAGAGCCUGGCCCAGUACAGCAUCAGCACAGAGGGGCAGCUCCACUGGCAGAGGAAGGGGAAGGCUCUGCCCCCCUCGCAGCCCUCCUGGGCUGCUGCCGCGCCGGCGGAGGUGGAGAUGACCGCCUACGUCCUCCUGGCCUACCUCUCCAAGCCCCAAGUGUCCUCUGCCGACCUGGCAACUGCUUCCCAAAUCGUCCGCUGGCUCAGCAAGCAGCAAAACCCCUACGGGGGCUUCGCCUCCACACAGGACACUGUGGUGGCCCUGCAAGCCCUGGCCAAGUACGCCACCCUGACAUACGGCAGCAAUGGGGACUUCAUGGUGACAGUGACGUCCCCGACGGGCACCACGCAGGACUUCGUGCUGCACAGCAGCAACCGGCUGGUGCUGCAGCGGGCGGCUCUGCAUGAGCUGCCGGGGACGUAUGGGGUGCGAGCCCGCGGGCAGGGCUGCGCCCUGGUGCAGGUGACCCUGCGCUAUAACAUGCCACCCCCUCCGAGCAUGGGGACGUUCGACCUCCGUGUGGAGACAGAGCCCAGGGAGUGCACAGGGGAUGCCAGCGCCCGCUUCCGCCUCCUCCUUCGGGCACGGUACACCGGGGAGCGUCCUGCCACCAACAUGGCUGUCAUCGAGGCCAAGCUGCCGUCUGGCUACAUCCCGGACAAGAGCUCUGUGGUGGAGCUGAAGAGGCAGAAGCUGGUGAAGAAGGUGGAGGUGCAGCCCGACCAAGUGACGAUUUACCUGGACCAGCUGACGAAGGAGGAGGAGACCUUCGCCUUCACCGCCACACAGGACUUCCCAGUGAGGAACCUCCAGCCAGCCACCGUGAUGCUGUACGACUACUACGAGACGGGUGACCACACAGAUGCUGCCUACAGUGCACCUUGCAGCUCAGGCUCCCACACCUAG